GAGCUGGACCUCCUGAGGAGUGUGCAGGCUGUGCUCCGAGAACUCAGUGCCCAGGCCCCUGCCCUGCAGAGGAACCAAGGCAUGUGGAGAUGGUCCUUGCACAAGAAGGUAGAGCGAGAUCCCAGGAAGAGCCCAGCUCUGGUCCGCAUCCUGCUCAGAGAACUGGAGAAGGCAGAAACUGAGGACCUUCGGCACGUCAUCAUUCCGUUGCUGCAUACGCUAAUGUACGUGCUUACAAAGGCCACAGGCAUCACUGAGGAGCUCUACCGGAGAACCUACACCUUUUGCACAAGAUUACUGACCCUGCCCACCCCCUACUGCACAGUUGCCUUGAACUGUGCCGUCCAACUGAAGACAGAGACAGCUGUCCCAGGGACGUUGUACCAAAGGAUGGUCAUUGCUGAACAGAACUUGAUAAGUGAGCUGUAUCCCUACCAGGAGAGAGUGUUCCUCUUCGUGGACCCGGAGCUGGUCUCCCCCUCCGUGUGCAGUGCCCUGCUGUUGGAGGUUGAGGCGGCGCAGGUGCAGCAGACGCCGGAAGCCUGCAUGCGCCACGUCGUCUCCCACGCCCUGCAGGCCGCGCUGGGGGAGGCCUGCCACGUGGCUGCUUUGCAGAAGAAGCUGCAGGCCAGCCCCCGCCUCGUCCUGGAGCAGUAUUUCCACGCUGUGGUGGCCGCUGUGGAGCAAAUGGCGAAUGAGCCCAGCCCAAGCCGGGCUUGUCAUCUGGAGAGACUGGAGGAGAUUUACUGCUCGCUGCUGGGGCCCCUAGCGGCCGCAAGCGGUCGCUGCGGCGGUGACCCUCUCCAGGACCGGCCACCGAGCAUCCCCCUACCCAGCCCUCACAUCACCUUACACCUGUGGACGGAUGAAGAGCAGCUGUGGAAAGAACUGGUUCUCUUCCUCCGCCCGCGGUCCUGCCUCCGCCUCAGCGCCGACCUGGAGGCCUUGGAUCUGCAGGGUCUCCCACCAGACCGGGAGUUGGCCCGGGUGUCUGUGCUGUCCACUGACAGUGGCAUCGAGCGGGACCUUCCUUCGGGGGCCGAUGAGCCUCCUGCACCUGGCAGCCCCGAGGUGGAGCGAGCCGGACUGCAGCGCAAAGGGGGCAUCAAGAAACGGACGUGGCCCCCGGAGCUCUUGCUGCCUGGCAGCUGGCACGGGCCCCCAGGGCUGCACCGGAGGACGGGUGGGCCCAGCGGGGAUGGGGAGCUGCUGCCUGGGAUCUCCCGGGUGCACACGGCCCGGGUGCUGGUGCUGGGGGACGACAGGAUGCUGGGGCGACUGGCCCAGGCCUACCACAUUCUCAGGAAACGAGAGACCCAGAAGUUCUACCUCACUCCCCGACUCAGCCUGCAGCUCUACUACGUCCCCAUGCUGGCCCCCGAGGAGCCCAGAACAUCCAGGCAGCCCAAGCUCGGAGAGCUGGCUUCAUUCUUGGGCCGAGCAGACCCGUGGUACCAGGUCACCGUCAACACCCUGUGCCCAGCCAUCCGCAAGCUCGCUGAGAUGCCUCCCUGCCUGGAUACAUCCCAGACUGUGGACCCCUUCAUCCUAGAUGUCAUCACCUACUAUGUUCGCAUGGGCACCCAACCCAUCUAUUUCCAGAUCUACACAGUCAAGAUCUUCUUCAGUGACCUGAGCCAGGACCCUGCUGAGGAUGUUUUCCUCACUGAACUGAAGGUGAAGAUCCAAGACUCCAAAUUCCCCAAAGAUGGUUUUUCACCCAAGAGGAGAGGCGUGGCUGAGGGCCAAGGGGCUGACCUCUCCAUUUGCUACCAAAAGGCCCUGCUCAGCCACCGGUUACAAGAGGUCACUGUUUCCCUACGGGCCACUGGGCUGGUCUUGAAGGCCAUUCCAGCCAAUGACACCGAAGUUUCAGGGCCCACUCACUUCCCUCACACUGCUGCUCCUGCUACCGAGCACACGUGCCUGGAUGUCAUUGUGACAGAGGUUGUCAAAUCCUCCAACUUAGCUGGAAGGUCCUUCUCGACAGUGACAAACACCUUCCGGACAGCCAACAUCCAGAUCCAGAGCCAGGACCAGAGGCUGCUGACACUGUCACUGGACAAGGACAAUCGACGUACCUUCAAGGAUGUGGUCAGAUUCGAGGUUGCUCCCUGCCAAGAGCCUUCUUCUGGAGCCCAGAAGUCUAAGGCACCGUGGCUCAGUUCACACCAGCAGAAGGUGAUGGAAAUGACCAAAGCCAAGCCCAAGCCCCUCCUGAUGCCCAUCAACACAUUCUCAGGCAUCGUCCAGUGA